AUGGUGUUUGGAUCAUUUCUAAGUUUAACAUCAGCACUAUCACUAUGCCUGAACGGAACUAACUGUGGCAAUUUGUGCAUCACUACGUUCUUUUCAGCUAUUCUCGUACAACCGCCACCAGUGAUUGAGUAUGGUCAUCAGAAUCAAACGUUAAUGGUUGGUUCGUCAGCUACCUUGCCGUGUCAAGCAAGUGGUCGGGCUCCGCCGAGAAUCACAUGGUUACUCGAUGGUAAUCUUGUCGACACCACUAAGGAUAAUCGCUAUAGUCAGCACUCUAGUGGAAGUCUACACAUUGCUGAUCUCAGAAAAUCUGACACAGGCGUUUACACAUGUCGAGCUAAAAACGACGACGGAGAGUCGACAUGGACAGCGUCAUUAGUUGUGGAAGAUCACAACACAAAGUCGGUAUUUUCACGAAUGCCAGACAGGGACAAUUUCCCAUCAGCACCAUCACAACCAGUUGCGAGUAAUGUAUCAGACACGGAGGUUGACUUGGAGUGGCGACCACCAGAACGAAGCGGAGGUAGCCCAAUCACGGGAUACAUUAUACAGUUUUUUAGUCCCGAAGUUGGAGAGGUUGGAGGGGUUACAACUUUUCGUCAAAGAUUUUCCAUCGUGUUUACAGUAUCACCGGAUGAUCUUGAAAAUCUCAAUCUUGAGAAAGCGACAAGAAGAAUCACAUCCGAACAACUGAUUAAGCUCGAAGAAGUGAAAACUAUCAACUCUACUGCAGUACGGUUAUUUUGGAAGAGGAAGAAGGUGGAAGACAUGGUGGAGGGCUACUAUAUUAAAUGGCGCGGUCCUCCGAGAAGUAAUAUCAAUCAAUGGGUAAAUGUUAGUGGCGCUCAUGUUGAAUCGUAUGUGGUGAAUGGUCUUAUGCCGUUUACCAACUACGAAUUUUUCGUCAUUCCCUAUCACAAAUCUAUCCAAGGAGCUCCCAGCAACUCCAUGGAUGCGCUCACCGCCGAAGCGCCGCCAUCACUUCCUCCAUCAGAUGUACACAUCCGAAUGCUGAAUCUCACCACACUACGUAUUGGGUGGAGAGCACCUCCGGCAGACGGCAUGAAUGGCAUACUUAAGGGCUUCCAGAUAGUAAUUCUUGGAAAGGGCACCAAAUUCAAUCGUAAUAUCACGACUAACGAACGAGCAGCAAGUGUUACCCUGUUUCAUCUGAGUCCUGGUAUGACGUAUAAAAUACGAGUCGCUGCUCGUACUAACGCUGGUAUUGGUGUUAGUCAUGGAACGGAUACAGUCACAAUGAAUCAAGAAACUCUUGAUAAGCAUCUUAGCCUUCAUAGUGAGCACGAGUCCUUUUUGUACUCAUUAUCCCGGCAGUCAUGGUUCGCUUUACUGGUGAUGUUGCUUGUCUGCGUAUUCCUGGUACUUGUAGCGGUUUUUGUAUUCUGGUAUUACAAGAACGGCAAGAUUGUUAAGCGUGUGCAAGACCCUGAGUGGCAUCAGUUUCAGGAUCGAACGUUUAUCAAAAUUAACGAUGGUUCAGUUCAUAUGACUCAGAAUGGGGUUUGGGAUCAUAAUCACUACAAUACGACCGGAAGAAUGACGCUAAACAAUCGGUGUCCAGCUUCGCAUCAACCUUACUCUGUAACACCAAGUCAGCAAGAUUUUUUCCAUGCUUCAUACGAUGAUUAUGUGACUGGCACAAUGAAUCGACCUAAUUCGGAACAUCAUUACCAUUACGCGCAAUUGUCUGGAGGUCAUGGAAAUACAAUGAGCACAUUCUAUGGAAAUCAUUUCCAAGAUGAUCCCUCGCCAUACGCCACAACAACAUUGGUGAUGUCUAAUCAACAACCUGCUUGGCUAAAUGAUCGAAUGUUGCGUGGACCCGUGCUGCCGAGUAAUCCGAUCCCAAACGGACCACCGGCGAGAUAUGCGGACCAUACUGCCGGUCGACGUUCACGAGGCAGUCGAACGUCCGAUCAUCGACAGGCCAGUCAUCACUCCGAAAGUCCACCCCAUACCGAUGUUAGCUACGUGCAAGUUUGUUUUAUGAUAAAUUUCCAAUCGUCUGAUGGCACUGGCGAAAGUUCAAAUGGUCGUUCAAAGCAGGGCACAAUAGCCGGAUGUCGAAGUCCUCCUAAACAUACGUUAAUGGAUUUUAUUCCUCCUCCUCCUACAAAUCCCCCACCUCCUGCUGAUAUACAUUAUGAGGGCUCGCCACGACGACAUUUGCCUCGUGCCUUAAAUCUAGAAGAUCCUUAUGAUUCGGUUUCCGAUGGGUUAGCGUUUGCAGACGAGAUGAAAGUUAGGCCAACCAGUAGGAAUAGGACUACAGGGAUCCGUCCUCAAAAAGGUAAUCGAGAUGACGAUAGCCAACGUUCAUCGUUGAUGAUGGAUGAGGAAGGCGUAUCAUCCGAUGCUGAUGGUGAAACAUCAGAUUGUGAAACAAGAAAACGGAAAACAGUUCCGCGAAUGGGUGUAUCUGCUAGCGCACUUUCACAAAGUAGCUGUGAGUUUAAGUGA